GGAAUCACGAAGUUCACGUGUGUGAUCGACGGUGAGGUGGUGGACGGCGGCUGCCCCUCUGACUGGAUGAGCCCAUCUGCUCACCCAUCCGUCCCUCCGUCCCUCUGUCCUCCCAUCCGCCAAAGGAAGGAUCUGAUGAGAAGACUGCAGACAGAGGAGAGAAGAGACCACCUGCUAUGGCCAGUGCAGCUGAUGGUGCAGGCAGUCUGGGCGGUGAGCAGAACCACCUGAGCGUCCCCGUCGCGGAUCAUGGAGCCUGGGCCACGGCCAUGAACAACCUGGGCAUCGUGCCCGUGGGCAUCAGCGGGCAGCAGCUGGUUUCAGACUCUCUGUGUAUCCAGAGGUUUGACCCCGGGCUGGGCCUCAUCGCACCCAUAAACCCCAUGAUGGCAGGCAUCAGCCUGGUCCCUCCCCCACCCUUACCCCCCGACAUGCCGGUCAUCAAGGAGAUCAUCCACUGCAAGAGCUGCACCCUCUUCCCUCAGAACCCCAACCUCCCCCCUCCGUCGACUCGGGAGCGCCCCCCCGGCUGUAAGACUGUGUUUGUCGGAGGUCUGCCGGAGAACGCCACCGAGGAGAUCAUCAAGGAGGUGUUCGACCAGUGCGGGGAGAUCACCGCCAUCCGCAAGAGCAAGAAGAACUUCUGCCACAUCCGCUUCAGCGAGGAGUUCAUGGUGGACAAGGCUAUUUACCUGUCAGGGUAUCGGAUGCGUAUCGGCUCCAGCACCGACAAAAAGGACUCGGGGAGGAUCCAUGUGGACUUCGCCCAGGCCAGAGACGACCUGUACGAGUGGGAGUGCAAACAGCGUCUGCUGGCCAGGGAGGAAAGACACCGCCGCAAGAUCCACGAGGACCGUCUGCGGCCGCCGUCUCCUCCUCCCAUCGUGCAUUACUCCGAACACGAGGCCGUGCUGUUGGCAGAGAGACUGAAAGAUGACCAUAAAUUCAGCGAGGCCACGGCGGUGCUGUUCACCUGGAUCGACCGGGGCGAAGUGAACCGCAGGACAGCCAAUCACUUCUACUCCAUGAUCCAGUCGGCCAACAGCCAUGUUCGCCGGCUGAUGAGCGAGAAAGCUCAGCACGAGGAGGAGAUGGAGCGCGCCAAAGAGGCCUUCAAGAACGCCCUGCUGGCCAUUUUAACACAGUUCGAGCAGAUCACCGCCGUUUUCACCGCCGCCACCAGGCAAAAGGCAUGGGACCAUUUCUCAAAAGCACAGCGCAAGAACAUAGACAUUUGGCGCAAGCAGUGUGAGGAGCUGAGAAAUGCUCACAGUGAAGAGAUCAUGGGCAUCAGACGGGAGGAGGAGAUGGAGAUGUCAGACGACGAUUCGGACGAAAAUCCCUGCAAGAAGAUGCGCACUGAGGAAAAUGGAGUGUGUGAUCAGAGCCAGGCCUCUCUGAGGGAGGAGAACGACUCCCUGCGCUGGCAGCUGGACUCCUACAGGAGCGAGGUGGAGCUCCUGAGGAAGGAGCAGAGCAAAGUCCGUCCUGAUGACGACCACACGCAUACGCACAAACACCCACACAGUCCAGAGGCUCAGAUCCAGCUGCUGCAGCAGAGCAUGCUCAGCAUGCAGCAGCAACUCCUGAGCCUGCAGGAGAAGCUGAUGAGCAAGGAGGCGGAGCUGGAGCAGGCCAGGGAGGAGCACCGCUGCCUGGAGGGGGAGGUGCUCACGCUCCGAGACAAGCUGGUGAACAGCACGGGAGACGCCGUGGAGGGGACCAACGGAGAGCUGCACGAGAAGGGGAUCAAUGGGUGUGUUCCUUCACUGUACCACAGCAGAGACAGGAGGGCAGAGGUCAUCAUGAGGGGAGGGGUCGCAUCAGAGAAGGAGGCUCUGCUUCUGGGUAUCAUAUCCACCUUCCUCCACGUUCACCCGUUCGGGGCCAACCUGGAGUACCUGUGGUCGUACAUACAGAGGCUGGACUCAAAGGUCUCAGCGGGGGAGCUGGAACGCCUCAUGGUCCGUCUGCCCGGCAUGUUCAGGCAGGAGCUGAGCGGCGUCGGCGCAACUCUGGAGAAGCGAUGGAAGUUCUGCGGCUUUGAGAGCCUGGGCUCGGCGUGACGCAGCGAGGACGCACACACACACACAACGUGGAGAGACGCACGUGACGCCUCAGACCUUUGACCUACCCUGUGUGUGUGUGUGUUGGACGAGGUGCAGACACUGGAAGCUGUGGAAGGGCCAGACAGGUCUCACCCUCCGUCUCUGGACCUGAGUCUGUUUCAGCUGAUCCUUCACUUUGACUUUGGAGGUCGGCGUCCCGCUGCGCUCCGGAUCCGCCGCAGUUUCAACAUCCACCGGCGUUAGCAGGCGUCUCAGUCUUCAAGGCUCGUCCCCUGUCACGGAGACGGACUCAGGUCUGAGACUCCGGCUCACCGCUGUGGUCCGGGACAUGAACCUGGACAUGAACCUGGAAGGGGUGAAUACCUGUGGAAAGGAUGAUGGAAGGAGAGUGAAGGAGAUACUGUAUGAAGCAAAUCACUGAAGCUGCCGCAGGUUCCAAGCUGAAAAAUACUGAUGCUCCGGACUGUGUCUUACUUUUUAACGUGUGCUUACUAACAGUUUAAUAAUCGUUUAGCCAGCGUGUUUUUUUUCCGUGUGUGUGUGUGUGUGUGUGUGUGGUGGAGGAAGGCGGCCAGGCUCCAGGUCCUCGUCUCUCUCAGCGCAGUCAGAGUGAAGUUAGCGACUGUUCUGUUUUUCUUAUUUAAAUAAAGAU